AUGUCGUCACCCGUCCAGUUCGUCAAGAUCAAUCGCGCAGAUUUAGCGUAUCGACAAGCUGGCAGCUCAUCCAAUCCAUUGUUUAUCACAUUGCACGGCGGGCGUGGAUUCGGAUCGCAUGAUUCUGAUUUUCAAGCCUAUCUACCUCUAAGCGAUGAAUACCACCUUGUGUCAUUCGAUUUUCGCGGUCAUGGUCAAUCGUCUUUCACUCCUCCAUACACUUUCGCUCAAAUCGUAGAUGAUAUAGAAGCUCUGAGAGCCCAUUUCGCCGGAGAUCAGAAAGCCAUUAUAUGCGGAGGAAGUUUUGGUGGUUAUUUAGCCCAACAAUAUGCUAUCACUUAUCCGAAUGGGAUAUCCCACUUGAUAUUAAGAGGGACGGCACCAUCGCAUGAGCACGAGGUGGAAGCUAUUGAAGUACUUCAACAAAGGUUACAUAGAGCACCUUUGGCUUCUGUGAAUAUGCUCAAAAAGGUAUUUGGCGCUUUCAAAGAUGACGAUGAGAUGAGAUUGGUCAUGUUCGCUAUCGGACCAUUGUAUUCUGAAGGAGAAUAUGAUCCAGAUAAAGGAUUGGAAGCAGGUCGAUCCAAAAGGCUAAGUGCCCAAGUACACAAUGAAUUAUACUCGGAAGGCGAAAAGUAUUUUGACUAUAGACCCAAGUUAAAAGAUAUAACAGCUCGUACAUUGAUCAUUGUAGGAGAUAAAGACUGGAUUUGUCCUCCAAGUCAAUCGUAUGUUAUACAUGAGGGCAUCUCUGGAUCUGAACUUCUUGUCGUACCAAACGCUAAUCACUCCGUACAUCAAGAAAAGAACGCGGAAGUUAUCAUCUCGAUACGGCAGUUUUUAGCAUAG